AUGGUGUUCAGUCUUGAAUACUGUCUGGCUCGUCUUGUUUACCCUCUCAGCCUGAAGGACUACGGCUGGAGCCGAUCUGAGACGAGCACCAUCCUGAGCUCCUUCUUCUGGGGCUAUGUGGUGAUGUUGGCGCCUGCCGGAUGGGUGGCGGACAGGUUCGAUGCGAAGAACUUGUUUUCGGCCUCGCUCAUCCUCUCCGGUAUCCUCACCAUGCUCACAGAGGUGGCUGCAGACACUGGCGGUGUGGUGCUCGUCUGUUACUGGCUCCCAGCCGCGGCUUUAGUUGCCCUCAGCUUCAUCUCAGUGGAGGACCCAACGGCAGCUGUGAUCUUGCUGACUGUCUCCGUCGGUUUUAAUGGUAUGACCAUCAUGGGCUUCCAGAUAAACCUUAUCGACAUCGCACCGAACUUCUCUGGCCUGAUGAUGGGUACUACUGGUUGUAUCGGGACACUGAUGUCCGUCGCUGCACCACUCUACGUGGGUGCUAUAGUAAACGAGAACACCAUUCAAGAGUGGGGAACUGUGUUCCUCUCGGCAGCUGGAGUCUACUUUGUGGGCAAUCUGAUUUUCGUUAUUUUUACUAAAGGCGAAGUUCAACCUUGGAACGACCCUAACUAUUCUAAAGAAAAGAAAACAGGCAAGUCUUUUAGUCAGUUGAAGGAUAACGUGGGCAAGAAUCACGACAGGAAGAUGCUGUGCAGUGCAGACAUUCCAAAUGCAUUUGAUAAUGUAUAA